AUGAGCAUGGGUGCCUACUCUCCUGUCACCAUCCAGGCACCUGUAGUCGAUGCGUCCUUCCCCUCCAUGGCGGCUGUCAGCAUCUCAAUGACCACCCGAUCCACGCGGUCCUCGAGGAAGUCGCCUCUGCGACUGCCCAUCAUUGCCCCCAAGAGUAGUCUCAUGGGCCCCAGCCAUGGCUUGGAGGUACCGCCGACGAAAAAGGUUACGAUCCGACAGCACCGGCUCCGCUUCCCGCCCCGGUCCCGAACUGGUUGCUGGACUUGCAGAAGCCGCAAAGUCAAGUGCGACGAAGUCCACCCUCAGUGCAAUCAAUGCGCUCGUCUAGGCCAUGUGUGCGACUACCGGCCACGACUGUGCUUCCGAGAUGAUACCCGUCGGGUCAGGGAGCGAAUGCCGGAUGUGAGGACGGUGGGCAAUGUGGUGUGGGACCCGAAAUCGCCGACAACCAACAUCCUCCCCACAACUUGUGAUCUGCUGCCGCCUUUUGCGACCCUCGCGACGGAUGAGGAGCGGGAGAGAAAGGCGCAGGCAUCGGUUCCCGGCACCUACCAUGUCGUGGCGGUCCCCGAGAGCUUCUCUCGACUUCCUGAGUAUAUGGACGAGACAUCGGAAAUAGACUCGGGAAACGGGGCGAUGCUGGAGAUCGGCAAUGGCGACCAUUUCCAGGUGGAAGAUGGGAACUGGGCCUACGGACCGAAUGUCGUCGUUCUGAGGAGUUUCAGGUCCGCGCGAAGACAUCUCUAUGCCGACCGAAGAGAUACCCCUCAGUCCCCCGAAUCCGACCCGGGGAGUUUCUCAUUAUCUGCGCCUUCGGUUUCGGAGCUGGUCCCGGACUAUCCAGGUGACGCCAUGCCGCAUAUGCAGGAAGGCCCCGAGUCGAGUCCUUUCGAGGUGCUGCUCCUCGACCACUUUCGCAAUUUUGUGUGUCCGCAGCUGGUUCCACAAGAUGGUGUGUUCAACGUCCAUGGGCUGGAUGCGGCCGUCUUCGAACACGAAGCGUCGAACUUCCCUCCCCUUUAUCAUGCAAUGAUGGCGCUCUCAGCCCUCAGUCUGGUUCGCCAAGGGGGUGGCCAAAACAUCGAUGCUUCUUAUUACUAUAAUCAGGUUGCCUCUUCCCAGGGUAGCCUCUGCGGUAACGAAGAUUUCUUGUCCGAUGCAGUCUACUUGACUCAUUUCCUCCUGCUCAUUUACGAGGUCGUGGCAGCCAAACCCGGUGGUUCAAAUCUUUGGUCGCACCAUGUCUCCCGGCUGCUCCAUUUAUCCUUGCUCAGGCAAUCAAUACCGAGGGCAGAACGGUUCCCCGGCAUCGCCUGGUGGGUUUGCCACGUGGAUCUAUACUCGCUGUUGGGCGGCGCAGGCACCGGGGAAUUUGCCCGCGCUGUCCUCGACAACCAGCUGCUACUGGAACUGCAGUCACUCUGCUACCCGGUUGGGUCCGACGGCUCGCCUUUGAUGUAUGCGGAUGGUAGCUUGCCCAUGAUCAUGCGCUUAUAUUACGACACGCUCAUCCUAGCCAUCCGGAUCGGACUUCUUGCCGUUGAAACCCGGGGAGCCAAGGGACCAUAUCUCAGUGAUUAUUCGCGCUCGCAGCAACAGGAACUCAAGGAACUACGCGAAGCGCUCGUCCGACUAUGGGGUCAUGAGGAGGUUGGAUAUUUGUUUCAGAACCAGGCCAGUCUUCCGUUGCGAUCGCAAAAUCUAUUGCAACAGCUGGCCAUUUUGUUCCACACCUGCGUACUCUUUUCCUCCACCAGCCUCUGGCUGGGACAACGACUGGAACCCGGGGCCACCCCGGACGAGGAAGUGCACCACCACGCCGCGCGGAUCCUACAGAUCGUAUCGACGAUGGUUGAAAGGGGCCGCGAAGGAGACCGGCGAUUUACGGCCUUCCCGAUAUUUCUGGCGGGCGCUGUGGCCCCAUCGAGCGGGCUGAAGAUGAUGGCGUUGGAGCUGUUGUCGAACCUGGAGGACCACGAGAUCGGGUACAACUCGGCGACGACGUGUCAGAUGUUGCAGGUGCUUUUUGAGCGGCAGAUCCAACAUUCCCGGCGAGGGGGGCAUGCGCUCGAGAUCGAGUGGGUGGAGGUGCUGGCUGAGCACGGGCUACAGCUGGUCAACUACGGCUGAUGAGUCUGGAAGGGUCGGAUCGGGUUGGAGUUUGGGAGGGAGAAAGGGAGGGAUGGCGCGGCGUUUCUAGGAUUUAUGUUUUUCAGGAUGGCGAAGAUAGAUGGCCCGUACAUGUCAGUGCCAGUCAGUGUGCCUUUUAGCUGUUAGAAUAACCUCACGAGAUGAACGAAACUGGGGUCAACCGAGGCAGGUUGAUCCGUCUAAUAUCUAUCUAUUGUUCCAU